UGUGUUAAAAAACAACACGUAUUGCUUAAGAUUGUGUUACAUGGUUGCAUUAAAUUGCAUAUAGAACCUGUACUGUAGCCGUACGUAAGCCGGCCACAUGUAGUAGCGCGCAUGUUUACUCUAUAGGCAUUGGUUUUGAAAGAACCUGUUGUUUAUAGGAGUUUUGUUAUUCCAAGUUAGUUAAAAUUAAUUUUGAAAAAAUGGAAACCGAACGACCUUGCGGUUGCAAAGGAAUUCGAACCUGUCUAAUUUGUGAACACGAAUUUUCAAUUUCAAAACCAGACUUAGCUGCCGACUUGCAGAGAUAUCUUAGUUAUGUUUAUUGUCCAGAGUGUAACAAAGCUUGGCCAGGAUGGGAUAUCAAUUUAUACAAGCAGCAUCCUAAUCAUUCUGGUAUUCCAAUUGAAUUUCCUGGUACAAUCAUUAAGUUAGAUUUCCUAGAUGAAACCGAAAGAAAAAAUUUGAUAAAAGAGUUAGACUCUUUACCAUGGGAUCUAUCACAAAGCGGAAGAAGAAAACAGAAUUUUGGUCCUAAAACAAAUUUCAAAAAGAAACGUUUGCGUCCAGGACAUUUCAAAGGCUUUCCAGAAACAACACGAUUCGUUCAGGAGAAAUUAAAUAAAGUUUCAGAAUUGAAAGGGUUUCAAACAAUCGAACAGUGCAGUCUAGAAUAUGAUCCAAAAAGAGGUUCUUCAAUAGAUCCACAUAUAGAUGAUUGUUGGAUUUGGGGAGAGCGUAUUGUCACAGUCAAUGUAUUGGGAAAUUCUGUAUUAACAAUGACGCCUUACAGAAAAUCUGAUGAUCGAUAUAAUCUGAAGUGUGUAGAAAAAUUAGAUGAAUAUAAAUUGCCUGAAGAGGACAUUGUCGUUAGAUUACCAAUGCCAGCAGGAUCUUUAAUGAUUCUGACAGGAGCUGCAAGGUACAAAUGGGAACAUGCAGUAUUAAGAGAGGAUGUUAGUUCUCGCAGGGUUUGUUUAGCUUAUCGAGAAUUUACAUCACCAUAUCUUCCAAAAGAAAAUGGUGUCUGUGACGCUGAAGCUGCAGAAAUUUUGAACAGAGCCUUAAAAUUUUGGUGAAAUUCUAACUUCUUUUCAUGUAAACAUGUAUAUAUACACUUAGCUGUGCUAUUUGUUGUUAAAUUAUAUUUUUAUGUAUAUAA